UAUCCAUCUGUAUCCGUUGCCCCAUGCAAUAAACCCUCUCUCUCUCUCUCUCUCUCUCUCAAACUCGAGAAACUUUCUGAUUCCUCGAUUAUAUAAACCCUAAACGAUCGGCAGAACUAAGUCUUCUGUUUGAAAGUGUCUGUUAAUUUUCUAGCGGCAUGAUGAAUCCUGAGUUGAUCAAACUCGCUCAAGAGCAGAUGAGUCGCAUGUCGCCCGAUGAUUUGGCCAGGAUUCAGCAACAGAUUAUGUCUAAUCCUGAGUUGAUGAGAAUGGCUUCUGAAAGCAUGAAAAACACGAGGCCUGAAGACUUAAGGAGUGCUGCUGAGCAGCUGAAGUAUGCUCACCCGGAGCAAAUGACUGAAAUUGGUGAGAAGAUGGCUAAUUCCACCCCAGAAGAGAUAGCUGCAAUGCGUGCACAUGUUCAUGCACAAAGCACUUAUGAAAUUAAUGCAGCUCAGAUGCUGAAGAAGCAGGGGAAUGAGCUUCACAACCAGGGCAUGUACAAUGAUGCCUUGCAGAAAUACUUGCUUGCAAAGAAGAACCUGAAAGAUGCUCCAUCCUCCGAAGGCAGAACCAUUUUGUUGGCAUGCUCGCGUAACAUGAUGUCAUGUUAUUUGAAAACAAGGCAGUAUGAGGAGUGCAUAAAAGAAGGAACUGAGGUCUUGGCACAUGAUGCAAACAAUGUCAAAGCUCUUUACCGGAGGGGUCAAGCUUAUAAAGAACUAGGGUUAUCAGAAGCUGCGGUCUCGGACUUCAGUAGAGCACAUAAAGUUUCCCCUGAUGAUGAAACUAUUGCCGAUGUCUUGAGGGAUGCCAAGGAAAGAUUUGAGAGAGAAGGGGGAGGUAGUACAUCAAGAAGUAUGUUGAAUUUACGAGAAUUGGCUAUUGAAGAAAUAACUGAAGAAGAGCAUGCAUUAUCAUCAGAUAAUUAUGAAAGAUCAACUGGAGAAUGUUCCAUGUCACAAGACUCACAACCACAAGAAAACAGUUGCAGCUCUAACGAUCAGCCCGACAUCAGCACUGAGCCCCCUUCAAUAACAAAUUCACAGUAUGUCCAGGUUAUGAAGGAUGAUCCGGAAGCUCUCAGAUUCUUCCAAAGCUUCAUGUCUGAUACUGAUCCUGAAACUCUAGCUGCUAUGAGCGGUCGAAAGGCUGAUGGGGUAUCACCUGAUAUGAUUAAGACUGCCUCAAAUGUGAUAGGCAAUAUUUCUCCUGAAGAACUUCAAAGAAUGCUCCAAUUGGCUUCCUCAUUCCACGGGGAGAACUCAUAUCUGAACAGAGAUUGGUCAGACUCUGAUUCCAACAGUUUCAGACUGGGGCCUAUUCCCCCUGAUGUAACCCCUGACAUGCUUAAAAUGGCGAGUGAGAUGAUGAGUAACAUGCCAGCAGAAGAGCUUCAGAAAAUGUUUCAAAUGGCAACAUUUUCAUUGAGGAAUGAUUCAGAGUCGAUGACAGCGGCAUCAGAUCCUAGCGGAUUUGGUUCAGACAAUGAAUCAAAACCUGCUGAAACUUCAGAAAAGUAUGCUGAUAAGAGAGAUAAUGCUGGUGAAAGUAGUUCUGCUCAUGGGUUUUCAAAUUCAAGAAUUACCCCUCAAUCAAGCUCCGCUAACCCAGUUGCUGAAUUUGAAGAACAAAUGAGAAACCAAAUGAAUGAUCCAGCCAUGCGGCGGCAGAUGUACACUUCAAUGCUUGGAAACCUGACCCCAGAAAUAGUGGAAAACAUGACCGAACAAUUUCGAUCAAAGCUUUCUCAGGAGGAUGUACAAAAUGCUCGACAAGCCAUGUCGUCCUUGUCACCAGGUGACCUGGAUGAAAUGAUGCGAUGGGCAGAUAGGAUUCAGAGAGGAUUGGAUUAUGUGAGGAAGACGAAAGAUUGUCUUCUGGGGAAACCUGGCAUGGUUUUGGCAGUGCUUAUGAUCCUUCUAGCAAUCCUCCUUCACUGGCUAGGCUACAUUGGAAGCUAGAGCGGGAGCAGUGAGCGAACCCUUGGGCGCUUGAAUCAAGUUCAACCUCCGGCUGAGAAAGAUGUACUACGAUAAAUGUUUGAAACAAGUUCGAGUUCGAAUCGAACCUAGGCAAAGCUCGUUCUAGCUCAAGCUUGAGUUGCAAAAAAUAAAGAACGAACCUGAACUUUCUAAAGCUCAAUCAACUCGUUUGCAACCCUAUUUAGAAGGUGAUGUAAAGUAAUUUCUAAAUUUUCAAUAUCUUUUAAAAAAUCAAUUAUACACGUA